GGCAGAGAGGUCCAAAAGCGGGCGAGCGAGGAGAGUUGGAUUGUGGGGGAGGGACUGCAGCAAGAGCGCUCCUUAUUGGCGGACCGUGGAUCUGUUCCUGCGUGGAUUGACCGAGCUGGGGUCGAAUUACACCAUUUGCCGUGUCUGCUUUAGUUUGUUUUUCUCCCAGCCAAGAGAAGUUGGAGCGACGCACGCUAUAUUUACACCCCCUUUUUUUGGGAUUACUGCCUAUGGAUGCGCAACAAUAAAGCAUUCAGAUGAGGUAGCAUCUCCACUAGUGUGAAACAGGAAGUGUCGUCUGUGAGCAGCCAUGGGCCACGGAGCUGUGCUUCUUCUCAGUGAGCUGCUGCUGAUGCUAACAGCCUCACAUACUCUACUUGCAGUUAGCUUCCCUGAGGACAUUUCUCCCCUGGAUGUCAUUGACGCACACUUUUCACGGAGGUACCCAGCGUUCAGAGGCAGGCCCUCUGGUAACGAGUCGCAGCAUCGCCUCGACUUUCAGCUGAUGACCAAGAUACAAGACACGCUCUUCAUCGCUGGCAGAGACCAGGUGUACCUUGUAAGUUUAAGAGAAUCCUACAGGAAUGAGAUCAUCCCUUACCGGAAGCUGACAUGGAGAUCAGGCCAAGCUGACAGAGAGAUGUGUGCCGUCAAGGGGAAACACAGAGACGAGUGCCAUAACUUCAUAAAAGUCCUGGUUCCCAGAAAUGAUGAUCUGGUUUUCAUUUGUGGCACCAAUGGCUUUAACCCCAUGUGCAGAUACUACAGGCUGGAUAAUCUAGAGUUUGAUGGUGAGGAGAUCAAUGGACUGGCACGGUGCCCAUUUGACUCCAAGCAAACCAACGUCGCCCUUUUUGCCGAGGGGAAACUUUAUUCUGCUACAGUGGCUGACUUUCAGGCCAGCGAUUCUGUCAUUUAUCGCAGUCUGGGUGAUGGAUCUGCCUUGAGGACCAUCAAAUAUGACUCCAAGUGGCUCAAAGAACCUCAUUUCCUGCACGCAGCUGAGUAUGGGAAUUAUGUGUACUUUUUCUACCGAGAGAUUGCAGUGGAGCACAGCAAUCUGGGCAAGGUUGUAUACUCUCGUGUGGCCCGGAUCUGCAAGAACGACGUUGGUGGGUCACAGCGAGUCCUGGAGAAACAUUGGACCUCUUUUGUAAAGGCCAGACUGAACUGCUCCGUGCCAGGUGACUCCUUCUUCUACUUUGACGUGCUCCAAUCCAUCACUGACAUCAUCAACAUCAACGGCGUCCCGUCCGUGGUGGGCGUGUUCACCACACAGAUGAACAGUAUUCCGGGAUCAGCAGUGUGUGCUUUCUCCAUGGUUGACAUUGAGAAAGUCUUCCAUGGUCGAUUUAAAGAGCAGAAAACAGCUGACUCCAUAUGGACGCCAUUUCCGGAGGAGAAGCUACCCAAACCUCGACCCGGGUGCUGUGCAGGUCAUGGUCCAGCUGCAUCCUUUAAGAGCUCCAUCGAAUUCCCGGAUGAGACCCUGCAGUUCAUUAAGUCCCACCCUCUUAUGGACACAGCUGUGCCUUCUAUUGGGGACGAGCCUUGGUACACCAAGACGCGUGUCAGGUACAGACUGACUGCUUUGGCUGUGGACAAUGAAGCAGGUCCCCACAAGAACUACACAAUGGUUUUCAUUGGCUCUGAGUCAGGAGUUGUCCUCAAGGUUUUGGCAAAGACCUCGUCCAGGUUCCUGAAUGACAGUCUGCUUCUGGAGGAGAUCGACGUCUUUAACAAGGCCAAGUGCUUGUCUAACCACGAAGAUGAUAAGCGAGUCCUCGCACUGCAUGUGGACCAAGACACACAUAGCCUCUAUGUUGCCUUUUCAAGUUGCGUCAUCCGCAUCCCCCUGAGCCGCUGUGAGAGGCAUUCUUCCUGCCACAAGUCCUGCAUUGCAUCACAAGAUCCUUAUUGUGGCUGGAGACCUCAUGGAGCUUGUGACAGGAUACAGCCUGGUGAUUUGACGACCUAUGAGCAGGAUGUUGAAUUAGGAAACACAGCCCACCUUGGAGACUGUCAGGCAUUUUUGGGCACUACAUCACCGCCAGAUUACAAAUCAUUUGGCGACCCUACCUCUGACAUGGAGUUUUCAUCAACGCCAGUCACUGUACUGCCCAGUGUGCCCAUACACCCCCCAGUACUCAUUCCCACUCAGAGCCCCAGCUCUGGGCCUGGUCCAGAGCUCUACGGCUCAGGCUUUGUGCUGCAGGAUGACCCAGCCACCUCUCAUUCUUUAGACACUAUCCCAGGGGGCCAAGAGGGUGUGUGGGAUAUCCAAGCAAGUGAAACCAACCAGAUGGUCCACAUGAACAUCCUCAUCACGUGUGUGUUUGGUGCUUUUCUCGUGGGGGCCCUGCUCGCUGGUCUGAUUGUCUUCUGCAAUCGAGAGUCAUUCCUUCGAAAGCAAAGGCGUGUCCACAAGGAUGCAGAAUCUGCACCGUCCUGCUCAGACUCUGCUGGAAGCUUCGUCAAGCUCAACGGCCUCUUCGACAGCCCUGUUAAGGAGUACCAGACCAAUGUGGACUCCCCUAAACUGUACACCAAUCUGCUGAGUAAAGACUUGACCACACCCAAUGGCGAUACCAAGACCAUGAUCCUGCGGGACGAUUGUCCACCUCCUGAGUUGGCUGCUCUGCCAACACCUGAAUCCACUCCGGUUCUUCAACAGAAAGGCCUGCAGCCAAUGAAGAACCAAUGGGAUAGGGAUCAAAGGAAGAUUAGCGGUCACCGCAAAGAAUCCAACUCAACAGCCAAGAGUCCUCAGCUUCUUCUUCCUUCACCUGGUCCUCCCAAAUCCAACUCUCAUCACCCUCACCUUGCCCUAGGACAUUCACACAUCCCCAGUGCUGUGGUUCUGCCCAAUGCCACGCAUGACCACCCGAAUCUCGACAGCGGAGAUGAAACUCUGCCACAGCCAUCUGAGAAGAAGCUCAAGAAUUUAGAUAGUAAAGGAAGCAGAAAAGACCAGAAGCGGUCUGUGGAUGCGAGGAAUACACUAAAUGACCUUUUAAAACAUCUCAAUGACUCUGUAGCCAACCCUAAGGCUAUUUUUCAUGAGGGAACAGGACCCCGACCAAGGCAACACCUCACACUGGAACCCAUGGAGGAACUGACAGAACUACCCCCAAAGGUGCCCAGUCGUGAGGCCUCCUUAUACUCCCCUUCUUCCUCCCUGCCAAGGCACAGCCCUACUAAAAGGGUGGACGUCCCCUUGACCACCACUCCCACUACACCAACAGGCAGCAUGGGGGGCACCCUGGAGAGACCAAGAGGGGGCUACCAGCUCCAGCGGAGUGCAUCUCACAGGCACUCCUUAUCCACUAAUGGAGUGACUAUGGGGGUAUCUGUGUCUCGCCAGCACAGUAUGAACAGAGUGGGUUACAUGCCCCCAACCCCCCCCUCCAGACUUGACUCCCAUGGUGGAAUGAUGGGAGCAGGAAUGCACCCAGUCAACCCUCCCUCUUUAUCUCGACAAAGCAGCUACAGUGGGCAUGGCUCACUGCCUCGCACAGGACUUAAAAGGACCCCAUCGCUAAAGCCAGAUGUGCCCCCAAAACCUAAUGGCUUUUCACCACAGACUCCACAGAUGAGAGUGGUCAAUAAGUAUAGCUAUUAGAAGAGCAUGAACACUUUGCCGUGAGCUCUUUGCCUUGACAGUAUAGCCUUGAGCCUUGAUGGUUUGGCUACAGAUUGGGUUGACCCCAGCGUGUGUUUGUGUAUCAACUUGAGGUGUGUUCCCCUUUAAACGAUAUGCACAUUGACUCACACUUCAGUGAAAAGGGAAAAUCACAUGUGCGGCCAAAGAUAUUUCUCAUGUUUUUUAUUCUCUUGGUUUCCAUCCUGCUUGUCAUAAAUAUGAACAGUGGUACAUACAUUGGAUACCAGCUGAAGCCACCACAGUAUAUUGUCUGUGCGUGAGGUACCAUGUUAGAAACAGUGGAAUACUUGAAGAAUGGGUCUCAUUUUUCACUGCCCUUGAGCACUGUCCUCCCACUAAUGUGAACUGAGCAGAGAGGUGUAGGCCAUGCUUUUCUUAGUAAGUUGGUGCUGACAGAGGAGAGCAAAUCUAAUGUUUAAUAGGUUAAGAUACAAUGACAAAGAUGGAAAGCAAACAGAAGUGUGUAAAUGUUGGCGUGUGUUCGCUGUUAAGAAAGUGGAAGAGGGGCAAAGCAGACAUGAAGAGUGGUGCCAUGGAGACGAUGCACCUUAAAAUCCAUCCAAGACCCAAGUCACUGUCUCUAGUGGAAAUAUGUCAGUUUGGUCUUUGCAAGAGCAGAUUUUAAGCUAAGCCUAAACCUUUUGUUUUUGGAGUGUUUCAAAGUGGUUGGUCUACUUUAAAGUUGGUCACACUGGUUGAUAUACUGGGAAUUAUUUCAAACCAUUUGCUGCUAUUGGUUUUAGACAUAGCUGUUGGAUGCAUUUAGUUGUGGAUCAGAGUGAAAUGACCCUAAUAAGGGUAUGCAUGUCUUGUUUUUUUAUGCAAACAGUAGCUAAUAGGUACAGUUUCAACAACCAAACACACUGUUAAGACCGAUAAAUUACCUAAAUUAUAACCUCUACUAUCUUUGUUUGAAUAGUGGUGGCUCAAUGUAGCAAAAAUCCAUAGUUCUCAUUCAACAAGACAUUUGUUGAACACCAAUGGACUCUAAAUCAAUUCACCUAAAAUGAAACUCAACAUUUUUUUCUCUGACAACCAAUAUAUUGGUGAAGUUUGACUGGCUGUAGAACAAUACUUGACUGUAACAGCUGAUUUUACCUUCUGUGUUGGUUUUAAAAGCCCACGCCCCGUUAAAGCUUUCCUGUGAGUGUUUAGUACACAAUCAACACAAUAUUUACCAACGUGUCCAAAUGAGUCAUGCUGGGAAUGACAAGUUAGUGUAUAUAUUAAAUACUAUAAAAAGUAGUAAACAUAUUUUUUGGCGAAUGAACAUGAAUCUGUGCAUUGUGUGCCUUAUUCUCCAAAUUGUCUACCACAGUAUAUAAUAUUGGCGAAGUCAUUGGUUUUCUUGGUAUCUCAUUGUCAUUUUUACAUCGGCCAAAAAGUUUUGAAAAGUAACUACCUAAUCCUAUUGGAAGUGAUGAGAAAAACAAGUGACAACACAUUUCACUUGUGAAUGAAAGUAGUAUAAAAAUGUUUUUUAAGAAAUGGGCAUUGCUGGUGUUUUAGCACAUAAACGUGCCAUACAGGGAAUGUAUUUUUUGACAGUGGGAUGAAAGCUGUUUCGACCUUGCACUGUGGACCAGACGGCUCAAUGCUGCACACCCUGCCCACAGCCAAUGUAUUAACACAGCACUCACUUGGAAGACAUCUUCAGGAACUCUGCGGUUACGCAGAAUUUCCAACUCCCCACAAUUAUAGUGGCAGAAUUUGUUUUUAUUGGCCAGUAGGGACAAAUUAAGGGAUGACAUCGCUUUGCAGUGCAUUUGGGUGACACAUGCAACCUUACCUUGUGUCUGCUGCCUGUUUAGUCAAAGCCACAUUUUGUUUACAAGUAAUGAUUGUAUGUAAAGACUUCUUGCCUGUCAUCAGAGCAGUAUUUGAGUUGUUCAUAGUGCGUGACAUUCAUCCACACUUUCAGCAUACACUGCUUAAAUGCCUUGUACAUUGCAAUAUGAAGUGUCUCUUUUCAGUUGCAAUCUAAAUUGAAGCCUUUAAAAUUGAGUUCAAGCUCUUUUCAUGUGCAGAAAACCAGGUUUUGGUCAUGUUCAUUUGAUAUAAUUGCUGUGCAACGCGCCGAUGCAAGGCCAGCUAUGUGUGUGUGUGUGUGUAUAUAUAUAUAUAUAUAAUAUAUAUAUAUAUAUAUAUAUAUAUAUAUAUAUAUAUAUAUAUAUAUAUA